UUUUUGUUUUUGUUUUUCUUAAAGAACUUUGAAUCCUAACCGAUCGCGGCAGGAUAGAGAUCGUGGGUUCGACCAACUGAAGGCUCCGCGCGACUCGGUGGUACAAGUUCGGAUGGAUCCGAGCCGGGCUCCGACGCUCGCUGGAGCGUCCGCGCGGUGACUGGAGUCCUGGGUGGCGCGGGGCUCUCGGAGCCUUUUGUGUGGGGCUCUCUCGGGCCGCAGGGCAGCCGGGUGCUCGUGGCGUGGUGGUUUUUGUUUUUUGGGUUUGUUUUUGUUUUUUUCCACCCUGACUGGUUACCCCAGACUCUUCGCAGAUGUUAGUUCACAGUUUUUCAGCUAUGGACCGUCACGACGGCACCAGCAACGGAACGGCAAGGUUGCCCCAGCUGGGCACUGUAGGUCAAUCUCCCUACACCAGCGCCCCGCCGCUGUCCCAUACCCCCAAUGCCGACUUCCAGCCUCCCUACUUCCCCCCGCCCUACCAGCCUAUCUACCCUCAGUCGCAAGAUCCUUACUCCCACGUCAACGACCCCUACAGCCUGAACCCCCUGCACGCCCAGCCACAACCGCAGCACCCGGGCUGGCCUGGCCAGAGGCAGAGCCAGGAGUCUGGGCUCUUGCACACGCACCGGGGGUUACCCCACCAGCUGUCGGGCCUGGACCCUCGCAGGGAUUACCGGCGGCACGAGGACCUCCUACACGGCCCACACGGGCUCGGCUCGGGGCUCGGGGACCUCCCGAUCCACUCCUUACCUCACGCCAUCGAGGACGUCCCGCAUGUAGAAGACCCGGGUAUUAACAUCCCAGAUCAAACUGUAAUUAAGAAAGGCCCUGUGUCCCUGUCCAAGUCCAACAGCAACGCCGUCUCCGCCAUCCCUAUCAACAAGGACAACCUCUUCGGUGGCGUGGUGAACCCCAACGAAGUCUUCUGUUCAGUUCCGGGUCGCCUAUCGCUCCUCAGCUCCACCUCGAAGUACAAGGUCACGGUGGCGGAAGUACAGCGGCGCCUCUCACCGCCCGAGUGUCUCAACGCGUCGCUGUUGGGCGGAGUGCUGCGGAGAGCGAAGUCUAAGAAUGGCGGAAGAUCUUUAAGAGAAAAACUGGACAAAAUAGGAUUAAAUCUGCCAGCAGGGAGACGCAAAGCUGCCAACGUCACCCUGCUUACAUCAUUAGUGGAAGGAGAAGCCGUCCACCUAGCCAGGGACUUUGGGUACGUGUGCGAAACUGAAUUUCCUGCCAAAGCAGUAGCGGAAUUUCUCAACCGACAACAUUCCGAUCCCAAUGAGCAAGUGACAAGAAAAAACAUGCUCCUGGCUACAAAACAGAUCUGCAAAGAGUUCACUGACCUGCUGGCUCAGGACCGAUCUCCCCUGGGGAACUCGCGGCCCAACCCUAUCCUGGAGCCUGGCAUCCAGAGUUGCUUGACCCACUUCAACCUCAUCUCCCAUGGCUUCGGCAGCCCGGCGGUGUGUGCAGCGGUCACCGCCCUGCAGAACUAUCUCACCGAGGCCCUCAAGGCCAUGGACAAAAUGUACCUCAGCAACAACCCCAACAGCCACACGGACAACAGCGCCAAAAGCAGUGACAAAGAAGAGAAACACAGAAAGUGAGGCUCUCCUCUCGCCCCGCGCCUGCCCGCCCGCCUCACCGGCCUGCGCACCCCCUACUGGCCCCUCCCCCGCCCGGCAGGUGAGCUCCGGGACCAGCCACUCCUACUGCUGCUGCUACGCUGCGCUGCCGCGCUGCCCCUCGUCCCCGGAGUCCUCGGGACUGCUCUCUCGACUGCCAGUGAGGCAGCCGCUGCCUACUCAGCGCCCUGCCUCAACUUCCCCUUCAGCACCAACACCCCCUUACCCUUAUGUGGAGCCUAAAAGAACAGAACAGGUCGUGAAGCCAGCAAAGAAAAGUUCUGUCGCGUUUGUGAACCUUUUUUUUUAAAUCAAAUCAACAACAAACAUUAAAACUUUUUUUUCUAAAAAAAAAAAAAAAAA